ACGUUUCCGCAUGGUGUGAAUUGCUCGCAUCAGGUGUGUGGGUCUACGUAACGCAUUGUGAAACCGGUUUACAAAAAAAAAAGAAUACAACUACAAAUUUGCGCAUCUUCCGCUCGACAGACGGACGGGGUUGCAUGUCUACUACCCAAACACGACCGUACGCUCAGUUGAAAUUUCCGUCCUUUCGAGAAGGUUGUGCUGAAGAACGGUUCCCGCAACGGUGUUGUGACUGGAUCGCAAAAAAGAAAAGAAAAUGGCGACUUGCAUCUUGUUAAAAUACUUUUCCUGCUUUUGUUUGGUUUGGUUCGGAAGCAUCGUAGCCGCGAUUCCAGUGCUAGAAUCGGCCCCUGGAAUAGAGAUUAUACCGGCCGCAUUUUCAGAGGGCGAUACACCGCAAUACGUCGUAGUGGAAUUAAAUAAAGGAACGAACACUAACAAUCUUCAACAGGCUGUGAUGAAUGUGCCUGAAGUACAGCAGCCUCAGCCAGUGACUCAGGCACCGCCGGUUGUCCAGUACCAGCAGCCAGCAACGCAGCAGCAGCCACAGUACCAGUACGCACAACCGCAGCCAGUGUACCAACAGUCGCCCUACUAUCGACCCCAACCACAAGUAGUGCAAUAUCCUGCGCCACCUGGCUCACCCUACUACAGUGCACCGGCAUCAAGUUUCUCACCGUACGGAUCACCUCAACCGGGUCCCUACUAUCCGGGUCCCAUCGGAGAAAGAGGUGGAUUUUUGAGUGGCUUAUCCGGACCCGGCAGCGGUUCGCGAUACUCACCGUUCGGUGGUUCACUACCGUCGGGCUUAUCUACCGGAGCCUCGUUACUUGGUGCUGCUUUGCUGUUGGGAUAAAUUCGUCGAUGUAUCGAGUUUAACAAAGGGCGCAAAUGACAGACAGCGAUAAAAAGUGGGAAAAAUAAAAAGAAUGAGGGCAAACGCUUUAAUAUGCCUAAUAGGCUCCACCGUUUUGGAAUACUCUAUUAAAAUACUUCCAGCAAUCUUACACAGCCAUAAACACUAAACUGCUAAUACAGCCAAAGAACUGAAGAUGUGUGUGUGUGUUUGUGUGUGUCUCAAAGCAAGGCAUUCGGAGAAGGAGAAUGAAUCACUGGAGUGUUUUGGCGAAGAAGGUAUUUUAAAGAAGAGGAACACAUUAAGCUAGUUGGCGUUGAGAUAAGGAAAUCAGUUGCAGUUGCUGAGUUCUGUAUUUUUACGCAAAAAAAAAGAGAAAUAAAUGUAUUAAAAUUGUU